AUGGUGACCUUCGCGGCGCGCCGGAGCGAGCCCGAGCUGGUGCGCCCGGCGCGGCCGACGCCGGCCGAAACCAAGGCCCUCUCCGACCUCGACGACCAGUGGUCGCUGCGGUUCUACGAGUCCAUCGUCGGCUUCUUCCGCGGCCCGCCGGGAGAGAGCACCACGCCGGGCAAAGUGGCCAAGGGCAUCAAGGCGGCCGUGGCGGGGGCUCUCGUGUACUACUACCCCAUGGCCGGACGCCUGAGGAAGCUCCCCGACGGCAACAAGCUGGUGGUGGACUGCACGGGGGAAGGGGUGAUGUUCGUGGAGGCCACAGCGGACGUGCGGCUGGAGGACCUCGGGCAGCCGCUGGUGCCGCCGUACCCGUGUGUCGAGGAGUUCUUGGGCGACGCCGGCAACACGAGAGAUGUCAUUGGCAAGCCUCUGCUCUUCCUGCAGCUUAUAUGGGCGGUAAUAAAUCUUAGAAUAAUGGUGACACAACUCAAAUGUGGAGGAUUUGUCAUUGGGCUUCACAUGUGUCAUUGCAUUGCUGAUGGUUUUGGCACCCUCCAAUUUAUAAAAUCUAUAGCUGAUUUCGCAUGUGGUGAACUUAUCCCAACCACUUUGCCCGUGUGGAAAAGAGAUAUUUUCACAGCACGCAUCCCACCCUCUGUCUCACAUGUCUAUCCGGCUUAUAAACCAUUUCUUCUUGGGUUAGACUGCAGAGGAGAUGAUGUGAUGCUAUCAACUCCACCAGAAACUAUGGAAAUGCAAUAUGUAUUCUUUGGACCAAAAGAGAUAGAUAUUUUAAGAAGCCAUAUUUCAGGACAUCUCUCCAAAUCUACAACAACAUUCGAACUGAUUACUGCCGUCAUGUGGCGAUGCCGCACAUUGGCAUUAGGUUACGAAUCUAAUCAGAGAGUACGUGUCAUGUUUGCUUUAAAUGCACGUGGUAGAAGCAUUAAUGGGGAAAGCGUUGUCGUCCCACAUGGUUACUAUGGAAAUGCACAUUUCUCUCCCGUGGUUGAGGUCACAGUUGAUGAGUUGUCUACAAAGCCGUUGGCUCAUAUACUUGAGCUAAUGCGUAAAGUCAAGAUGGACACCACGAAGGAUUGUGUGAAGUCAAUGGUGGAUUUGAUGGCAUUAUGGAGAGAGUGGUCACCGUUCUGCAUGGACAGAACAUACGAGGUUGGUGAUACAAAGUGGGUUGGAGGCAAUACCCUACAAUUUGGGAAAGCUGAACUGGUUGCUGCUGGUACGCCACAUGCAGGGGAUUUCACUUCAAAGUUGAUAAGCUAUCAUACAAAGUGCAAGAAUCAAGACGGUGAAGACUCAAUAGUGGUAUCAAUCUUAUUGCCAAAAUUGGCAAUGGAGAAGUUCACAAAGGAGAUGGCAAUUUGGUUGAAGAAAUAA